CAGGUGAGUAAACAGUGUUUCUGUACUUUGGAUGGUCUCUCUCUGGUUUUGAGGACAUUUCAGCGACAUCAUGGUUGGAGUUGGUUUCCUGACUGUUGUUGCUGCUCUGCUGCUGCAGGUGAGCGGCCUGCCCGCCGGAGCGCCGCAGGGACGCACAGGAUCAGUGUUUGUGUCCCGGCGGGCGGCCGACACGGUGCUGCGCCGCCUCCGCCGCUACAACAGCCCGCUGGAGGAGGUGCUUCACAAAGACAACCUGGAGAGGGAGUGCAUGGAGGAGACCUGCUCCAUGGAGGAGGCGCGGGAGUGGUUCGAGGACAACGACAAAACUAUGGCGUUCUGGGCCGGCUACAUCGAUGGCGACCAGUGUCAGCCGCCGCCGUGUCAGAACGGAGGUGUGUGUGAGGACGGCGUCAGCUCGUAUACCUGUCUGUGUCAGACCAACUUUGGUGGCAAGAACUGUGAGAUCGAGGUGUACAAACAGUGUCAGGUCAACAACGGCGGGUGUUCCCAUUUCUGCGCGAUGGCGGCGAACAUCCCCGUGUGUAAGUGUGCAGUCGGUUAUAAACUCGGAGCGAACAAGAGGAGCUGUGAACCCACAGAGGAGUUCAGCUGUGGUCGCGUGUUGCCGCCGUCCGCCGCCGGCAGGUCGUUCUUCACGCCGCACUCAUCCAACGCCACGCAUCGCUCCGAGGGGAAACUCAACUCCAGCGACGCCCCGGACGACUACGUCAACUACGAAGACAUGACAGAGUUUUACGACGACCUCGACCUCCACGCGAAUGAUUCGGACUCGUCCAACGUGUCGGAGGCCUCCGGCGUGAGGAGACGGUCGGCGAGGUCGGACUCGGGGUCGUCGUUAACGACCACGGAGGAAAAGCAGCUGCCCUCCUGGGCGUUCUUCGCCACGCAGCCCACCAUCACCGCAGAGAAGAAACACGACGAGAGGAUCGUGGGCGGCAGCGAGGUCGUUCCUGGAGAGAUCCCCUGGCAGGUGGCCCUGAUGUCCCACUCGGCGUCCCUGCAGCGAGCCAUGCCGUUCUGUGGAGGAUCUCUGCUCAGUGAUCUCUGGGUCAUCACGGCCGCUCACUGUCUCACCAACCCAGUGGUCAUCCAGCGAGGUUUCUUCAUCAGAGCGGGAGAGCACGACGUGACGCAGGCCGAGGGUCCGGAGCGAGACCACCAGGUGGCGGAGCAGCACAUCCACUCCCUGUACAACGACACCGUCUCGCCGUACAACCACGACAUCGCGCUGCUGAAGCUCGCCAGCCCCGUGGAGCUGUCCCGCGAGCGCAGCCCCAUCUGCCUGGGCCCCAAGGACUUCACGGAGAACCUGGUGAGGGACUCCAGCGUCUCUCUGGUGAGCGGCUGGGGCCAGAUCUCCUUCAGGGGCCCCCAGGCCCCCAAGCUGCAGAAGGUGGAGGUGCCCUACGUGGACCGCACCAAGUGCAAGCAGAGCAGCCGCGAGCAGGUGACGCGCUUCAUGUUCUGCGCCGGGUACCUGAACAAACACAUGGACUCGUGCAAGGGGGACAGCGGGGGGCCGCAUGUCACCAACUAUAAAGGCACCUGGUUCCUGACGGGCAUCGUCAGCUGGGGGGAGGACUGCGCCAAGGACGGCAAGUACGGCAUCUACACCCGAGUGUCCCGCUACUACAACUGGCUCAGCCGCACCACAGGACUCCGCAUCCCCAACUGACACAAAACAUCACGGUUCCUCUUCUGAAGCCUCUUAACGCUCUGAGCCACAAUGAGCCACGUCAAACCUCGUUUCUCACUGCAAUAUAUACAAUCUACAUAAAUCUAUGAGUCCUGCAGCUCUGUGGAAUCAGCACAAUCAGAACAACUCAAACAGAACAACACAGUUAGAAUGACAGAAAUCAGAAAAACUGUUACAUUUCUCUGAUAAGUGAUUUUAAAAAAACUGUAAUGAAACCAAAUUUAUGUAUAAACACCUUUCCAAGUGCCCACACGUGUCCUGAAUGUUACAACAAACAACACAAAAUGACCAAAACAUUGUAAAAUGACCAAAAAAAGAUGUAAAAUGACAAAAUGGCACAAAAUGACUAAAACCAGUUUUUUAUCCACAUAUUGAAGUAUUGUCAUGUUUCCAGCCUCUCCUGUCCUCUCCUCUCUGCUCUGUGUAAACACUUUAUUUUAAUGACACACGUAGAAUAAAGAGAUUCUGACACUAAUAUCAACAUUUAAACACAAGUUUGGGUCACUAUUUUAUAACAGAAACGUUCGCAACUGAUGAUCCAUUCAAGGACUGUCGGAAAGUUCAAACUCUGUUCAACCAAAUAUAUGGCCGCACACGGGUCACCAUUUAUUGGGAUAUCUGUACAGAUAUAGGAUGUUCCCAAUAUAAAGAGUGCCUUGUUUAGAGGUAUCCAUACAUUUAUUUUGGGACAUCCUAUAUCUGUACCAGAUAUCCCAACAUCUACUAUUUUAUUGUUAUUCUUCCCUUCCUGCCCGCUCCCUUUGUCCUUUCGUUCCCGUCACUUGCCAGUGCUGUGACAAAUGGUAAAACUGAGUCCCAUUCUGGAAACCAGAUCCCGAAUGAAUGUCAGCCUCUAUUACGACAUGUGUAUCUAAACAUGAUCACAAUAACACAAUGCUGUACACAACAUCAGCUGCUAGUGCACAAACUCUCAAUCUGUGGGAAACAACUUGUACAACUGAGUCCAGUUGUACGGCACAAGUUAUAACUAAGAUUAAGAUUAACAUGAAUUACUUUUAUUAAUCCCACAAUGGGGAAAUUCAACCUCUGCAUUUAACCCUUCCUUUUUUUUUUUUACACACAAGUGAACACACCAUGCAAGGAGCAUUAACAUUAUAUCUAUAUGUUUUUGCAAAUGUUUAGUGCAAACGCUUUAUUUUUGGACACGUUUUAAAUGACACAUGUAGAAUAAAGACAUUCUGACUGAAAUCUCAA